AUGGCCUAAUUUAAUAUGGUCCUUCCAUUUGUUUCGAGGGACGGGAAUAAAACCACGAAAACCCUUAAUCAGGAUAGCCGGUCCCCGGGCCGAGAUUUGAACCAGAGGCACUAUGAAUGCAAAGCGGGGGUGUUAACCGAUCUACCUCGGCAUUUGGUGGACCCUGACAACACCUUCGCUACUACAAAAGAAGAAGAAUGGGUUACAAAGAAGAAGACAGAAUUGACUACGACGCGGCAGAUAGAGACGAGGGUCAAGCGACAAGUGGUGUUGGAAGAUGGGAAGGUUGUCGGAGAUUCGGGGCCCAUCGUCACCACAAACACGACGGAAGACACAGAGACCCAGGAGCACAAGCAGACAGAGCAUCGAACGACAGGAGAUGACCCUCCAGGACCGGACUGGGUCGCAAUACCUGGACCUGGGAAGAAUGUUAAGGAAGUGAAGGAACGCAAAGUGAAGAGCAGGGAGAAGCGAGAAGAACGUGUUGAGACAGAGGACAUCCAGCACUUGGGCGAUCUUACCGAUGAGGCGUACCAGACAGCCGUCCAGAAUCAACUGGACGUACGGGAAGCACUUCUGUCUACAAAUCCUCAACACGACGAGACCAAAGAACUCGUGAGAACGACUCCUAAAGUUGUUCACCAGUCUAGCAAGAGUCACAAGGUCGUUGAUACGGAGGACACCGAUGAGCUGAGUCAGCUGCAUGAAGACGGACGCCUGGUGACUGAAACACGGCGAACCACUGAGCACGAGGAGAUUCGAGACAAAGAGGAGCCCGAUGACGAAAAGGGUGGCCACAGCGAAGAGGAAGAAACCCGACGAGAGAGCUCUCAUCGCUUUGCCAAAACCAAGGACCAGGACCUAGUCGAAUACAUUGCUGACGGCGUCAAAAUCGGCGAAGAGAUGAAAUACGUCGCAGAAAACACAGAGGCAGAACGUCACGGGGAUCCUCCAGACGUGGCGGAUCAUCAGGAAUGGGACAGUUUAUCUACAAGAAUCAGGAGAAUGCGGAGACAAGGGGCGAAGCCUCACCACACGAGAGGAAUCCCUUCAUCUGGAAAUCUGGGUGCUGCCCCACUUCCAAUGGACCGUAAAGACGCCCUGACAAAGAAACCUUUGGACUUCGAUCAAGAAGAAGAAACGAGAAAAGUCGAGACUUCCAAAUGGUUGGAGCAUCAUUUUGGGAGUGAUUCCCGUUCUUCUAAAGAUUCGCUUGACGACGAUGACCUUCCCUCGGGACAACCGGGCGGGAGCACCAGUUACAUCAACGUCACGAUGAUGUCGCGUCCUAUCAACACGACCAGAGUGGCGACUCCAGUGUCUUCCACGCCACCAAAUACUUACACAACCACAGUCAACACAUCUUCCAGGGUAUUUGUAUCACCAGACACGGCUCCUGCGAGCGGAUUCUUCCAGGGAGUAACGGAAUGGUCUGAGCGUCGCAGCGACGUCAAAGAAAGCAGAACAACGUUUUCACCUGCCACACCCCACCGCCCUGACCGCGUUCAGGUGCUCCCCUCCGGUCCAAAUCACACUUUCAAUCAAAAUACCAGAGGAGAAAUAAUUUCACCACAUAGUAGCAAUAACAAUCUUGACAGAGUAUCACCGCACCUAAUCACAAAUCACAUAUCUGACAAAUCCUCGCCAUUUCAGUCAUCGAUACAACACAGCAGCAACAGGACAUCAGCUCACGAGAGUAGCAAUUUCUUAACAAUGGAACGCAAGGCUUCGUCGCAUUAUAAACAGAAUAACGGAAGGCGUUCUCCAUAUCUGCAGAAAACGUCAGACAGAUCAUCUCCAUAUCAGAGUUAUAAUGGUAGCAGUCGGCCGGAAGUGAUAAGAGAAUCUCCUAAUGGAUACCCAAGCAUGGACAGGGCGCCAUCUCCUUACCUCCAGAAAACAAAUCCGAGAACGGAAUUCGCGCUUAACGGAAGAGCAGCUACUCCCUCUCAUGAUGACGAUGACAGAGGACAAUCGCCACAACCGCCAUACAGGAGGCGCCAUGUCGUUCCCGAAAACGAGCAGCACAGCCACCGGUACGAAAGAGAUGACCCGUUCCACCAGCACGAACACAACCAAGAAACGGAGCCACCCCCGGACUACCCGCCGUCUCCAGUGCAGCACACAAACAGGAACUCGCCGUCUCCUUCCCCGUCCCCGUCCCCCCCUCUGGAACAACCGCCGGAGACACGAGGUAGCCCUCCUCCGAACAAGAAGUUGUAUCAGCGUACGCGGUUUGCAGCCGACAUCCCACCCCCUUCCAACCGCCAACGAACUAAGUCCCCCGGACAGAGCGCCACGUCAAUCAUAGGCGAAUCGUUCCGAAAACUCGUCGGCAAGUUCCGAUCUUCGAGUUCCGAAAGGAAAAACAAACGCCACAGCAAGAGAUCAUCGCGUUCGCCGUCUCCGCAUCACCAACACACGAGCUCCACCUAUCAGCAGUACCACGUCAUUGACAACAACAUUCCUUCCGUGGUGGGACCUGGGAAGUCGUCGCGAGUGGGACGGCGUGGAGGCGAGUCGCCGAACGAGGUCGAGCGAGGCGGCGGGGAACCCGAAGGCGGGGAAAGUCAACCGGUCGCUCCACCAAGAACUGCCAGAACUGUUCGAGGCGAGACCGAGAGACGGGAGCGUAGCACGAGGACAGGGCGACAGGCAGCGGGCAUGGACUACCAUCGGCGAGGCACGUCACCUGUGGUGCAGAGGUUCUACCUGGGGGAAGAUCCUUUCGGAGGCAGUAUUUACGGACGCGAAAGAGAGUACGAUGGCGUCACUCCCGUCAAAUCUAGCAGAAGGCAUCAGAAACAGAAUGGACAUCGCAGAGGUAGUCACCCGGGGGAAGAAGAAGACAUGAACAGAACCAAAGCUAGCAGCAACACAUUGGGACGUCUAAGCAAAUCGACGAGUCGACUGGCAGGUGGUGGUUCAUACAGCCCUAAUGGAGACCCGAGUUUGAGUCGAGGUGCGCAGACUUUACCGCGGAAACUUUAUGACGAGAGAGUCAAAAAACAGACGUACAUUCAACGGAACAGCGCCUCAAACGACUCUCACCACUGGGAAUCCAGUCGCCUGAAUCGAGUAAACAAAUCACACCAACCUCACUCCAACAGCAUGAUCAAUGUCUCUAUAAUCAACAACGUGACCCCUCCUACGUCAUCUAUAGGAAUUAAUAAACCAGUGACCAAUGGGAUAGGUAUGUCUUCGUCCACAGGACCUGCAAAACCCGCCCGGACCUACCGCUCAAACCUCACACGCAGCAAGAGUUUUAACGUUCACGCUGGAGAACCAGGCAACACAGAAUCAUCCUCGUUAUUUCUGGGGCCCAGGGGUCGAGAUGUGACCAGCGUCUAUAAGUCAAAUCCACAUCUGCAUCGUUUAGAUGAGUCUCCACCACCACUAAAGAGCCCUGGAAUCUUGGCCAGCAUAAAUCGCAGUCAGCGAGAUCUUUCUGAAUCCAUCGGUCAGGAUAAAGACGAUACCGAUCUUGACGGAAGUCGGGAAAGCCACAGGUUUUCUAAAAGUACAAGUAACUUGAUAAGUAAUGGGCACGUAAGUAAUAGCACCUCGACUCAAGAUACAAAAAAGAAGCUAUUCUUGAAGGGUUUGAUGGACAGAGCACCAGAACUGUAUAAAACUCUUCAUGGGGAUGAAGAUCCUGAUGUCAGACCAUUGUCUCCAAGUCCCGGAGGGCGACCAUAUAACAACACACCUUUUAGAAACGGAAUUUCAAACAAAGCAUCUUCAAACAGAAUCCUCGACUAUAGCAGUUCAUUCCGUUCUUCCAGUACAAAUGCUACUCCUGAAAAUGAUUCCAUUAGAGGAGUCCGAGCUUUGUCAUCGCCAUAUCGACCUCCUAUAAUCAAUGGCGUUGAUCGUGUCGUAUCUCCAAAACCUGGCUACACCAGCACCCUGACCCACACCCCGCCUUUCAAAGAAACUAACAGCGGUACGACGACGUCCAUAGUGAGAAGAGGCAGUAUCGGAAAUGACGAUUACUCGGAAACUGUUCGUAUCACGUCAAAAUCCGAUGACCCCAUAAGGCCCAGUGUUACAAACACUGUUCAGAGCUUCUCUAAGAAGACGAUCCCGACAAAACGAGGGCUGUCAACAGAGACGAUCGAGUCCAGCGAAACAAAAACCGUGACUAAGAGCCGGCUGCGGGGUGGAGAUUUAAGUCACAAUUCAAAUCCGUAUUCGAUGCGCAACGGUGGAGGAGGUGUGGUUAUAGAAGUGAAGGCGCCCAGAAAAUGAACCCGGCAGGCUGUUUCGCCCUAGGCCUAUUUCUCGUGGACAUUUAUUUGAAUAUAAACACGUCUAAACCUCCCCGUCAUAACCCAUAUUAAUUCCAAAUAUGUUUUGCGGUGAAUUGCCUAAGUAUUAGUAACAAAAGAAUGUUAGAAGUGUGUCUGCAUUUAUGUAAUCGGGGAUUCGGGCAGUUUUAUGCAAGUAAGUGUGGGAUUUAUGGUGCCUGAAAAUUUUCUCAUGACCUUCGCGUGUUUUGGCUGAAAUAUGACAAAUCUUCGUCUCGUGUUAGUGAUUUUCAGGCAACAAAUUAUUAUUCGUUAAAUCUCAGCUGUUGAAUUAUCUUGCAGGUGUUCAGAAGCAAAAGGCUUGCUUGCUGUUGAACAGAUAUAGUAAUUCGUUCUGCAAACUUCGGAAAUGGUUCUAAAUAACUGAUUGCGUAGCAAGGACGUAUGUAAGUAUAAUAUGACUCAGUAAUUGUCAUGAUGGAUGUAAAAUUCCCAUCGCCUCACGCAGUAGCCAGAAUCACUAAUUUUAACAAAGUUAUGUAUAUGCCAAACUCCAUCCUUUCUAGACCUUUCUAGUGGGCUGUCAUUAACUUCGCCAAUUGAAGAAAUAUCUUCAACAUUAGCAUAUUCACGUACUUUACCUAGAAAUAGUAAUUCAUCUGUGCCUAUUCCGUGAAUUUAGAUCAAUAAUUUAGUGAAUUCCUGACAAAGGAAGACCACAUUAGCCCUUAGCUUUAACGACAAGUUUGUGCCAAACAUAAGUGAAACAUGUCGAAAUGUGAGAAAGAUAAUAUAAAAUAUACGUAAGAAAAUACGAGUAUGUAGUAUGUAGGGUAUCGUGGCUUAUAAUUAAGAGGCAAAGCCUGGAAAAACUUCCCGUAAAGUAUCACCAGUACUUAAGCUUUCAAAGCGCUGAUAAUGAGACUAAAUUAUGGAAGAUGAUUUUUGAUUUCGUACUUCAGUUAAUUACAAAAUAUUCACACCAGUGCUACUAUUGUUGCGAGAGACAACUGUUUACCGUUUAGUGUCUUCUGGAUUUGUCAAAACGUCCGACGUUUCUGAGGACCCUAUUGAUUCGUAUCCAGUGAGCACCGGAGGUUCAGCCUCUGAGGUUAACGCUUCCGGAGCGUGAAGCUAGACAUUCACCUUUGUCAUGCGUAGAGUUUAAGAUCAUGUCCUGUUUUACCUCCACUACCAUGUAGGAUUUUAUGGAUGUGACGUGGAACAAAAGCUGUUACUUCUUCCCUGAAGAUGGCAGUUUUCUAUAUUACUACGUCACAGAAGACUUCACAUUGCACACAGUUUGCUGUGAAAGACUCAAAUAUUAUAGAAGUGUUCCAUUUUCUUUGCUGUGGCUGAAUAUGUGGCCCACAAAAUGAAAUGCAACAGCUGAAUCAACUUCAUUCAUCUGAAAUUCUGAUAAUAGAAUAGAUUAUGAUGAUGCAUGCUAUUUUUUCUUACGUAGUGUUUUAAAAGUCCGUGAUAUCAGGGUUACAACAACACAGUUGUCCGAAAAUUUCCCUGAGAAUUUUCGUACUUCUCACACUUCCUUUUCAGAAGAUAUGACUGCUAUAAAAUUCCAAAUGAAAUAAGUAGAAUAUGUGCCUUGCUUUACAGGCUUCCAUUUGUGGAUUUUUAACAAUUUACUAUAAGAGAAUAAAAUAAGAUUCUUAAACAUUUAUUAUAUUAAAAAAAACGCACCAUGCAAUACUUCGUGUCUGCACAAAAUGAGAAUUUUAGGACUCAAAAUAAAAUUUAUUUUAACUGAUACUAUCAUUAGCUGUGAGAAUUUAUUAGCUGAUUAAAUACUUCGUUUAUACCCUCGAAGGGAUGAUCCUGACCUCCAUAAAUGCUGCUCAGUAUAGAGACAAACCAACACAGAUAUUCUAGCAGUUUCCAAAAAGUUAUUAUUGUUUUUAAAAAAUAGUUAUAAGAAGUCUUUGUAAAACACUUCGCCAUAAUAAAAUAUAAGAACUUUGCAAGAUCAUGGUUGACAAUGUGAAAUUUAAGGUUAUGACAGCAAUGUGUAUGAAGAUGGCUGUUUUCUGGAAUGUUGCACCCUAUAGUCUGACCCUGAUGAUGGUGAUGGUAAUCUCCUCUGAAACAUCAGUAAAUAUCUACCAAACUACACAGUGCAACAUCCCAGAAGACAGCCAUCUUAAAUUAAUAUUAUUUUAAUCAGAAAAAUUUAAAUUUUAUAUAAAAGUGGUAACCAGUAUGAGAAGAAUGUUGUCGCAGAUGUAGCUUGAACUGAUCAAGACUCAGAUUUCAAUGCAUGUUCUUUUUCAUAUGCCACUUCUGUUUUUAUUUAAAAAAUAACCUACAAAUGAGGUUAAAAACUUCAUUUUUUUAACCCUACCAUACUGCAUGACAACUGUACAAUACUUGUUAGUCAUACUUUUCAUCAGAAUUCUGUAAUGUAUUACUGCCUUCCCUUUAAUUAAUUUAAGCUAUGUUUUAGUUACAUAUAAGUGCUACUAAUGAUUUAAAUAAAGUUUACGUAUACUGCUCCGUUAAGGCAUGCGCUAAUGUAGUAUGUUACUUAGAUUUACAUUUGAACCAAAUGCAAAUCUUAAUAAUAAUUAAUAGUAAAAGUGAAUUUUCAUUUCUUAAUACACUUAUUUUGGUAUGUUUUGUAAUCAAGUACAUGGUACUUUCAUGAAUAAAGAAUUUAACAAAAACA